AUUUUAUCUUCUUCUCCAGAACCACUGGGCCAAUUUCAACCAAACUUGGCCAAAAGCAUCCUUGGGUGAAGGGAUUCAAGUUUGUUCAAAUGAAGGGCCAUUGCCUUUUCAAAUAAUAAUCACAAAAAUGCAAAAAUAGGGUAAGGUCAUUUAAAAAUCUUCUUCUCAAGAACCACUGGGCCAGAAGAGCUGAAAUUUACCUGAAAGCUUCCCGACAUAUUGCAGAUUCAAGUUUGUUCAAAUCAUGGCCUCCGGGGGUAGGAUGGGGCCACAAGGGGGGGAUCAAAGUUUUACUUACAAAUAUAUAGGGAAAAAUCUUCUUCUCAAGAACCACUAAGCCAGAAAAGCUAAGAUUUACAUGAAAGCUUCCUGACAUAAUGCAGAUUCAAGUUUGUUCAAAUCAUGGGCCCGGGGGGUUGGAUGGGGCCACAAUAGGGGAUCAAAGUUUUACAUACAAAUAUAUAGGAAAAAUCUUCUUCUCAAUAACCAUGGAGUCAGAAAAGCUGAUAUUUACAAGAAAACUUUCUGACAUAGUGCAGAUUCAAGUUUGUUCAAAUCAUGGCCCCCGGGGGUAGGAUGGGGCCACAAGUGGGGGGGGGGGGGUCAAAGUUUUACAUACAAAUAUAUAGGGAAAAUCUUCUUCUCAAGAAUCAUUGGGCCAAAGAAGUUGACAUUUACAUGAAAGCUUUCUAACGAAGUGUAGAUUCAAGUUUGUAAAAAUCGUGGCCUCCAGGGGUAGUUGGGGCCAUAAUAGGGACUAAGGUUUUACAUGCAAAUAUAUAUGGAAAGUCUUCAGAUAUGGGCCAAGGUGACUCAGGUGAGCGAUGUGGCCCAUGGGCCUCUUGUUUGUCUUUUGACAUAGGUUUUUGAUAUUUGGUAUACCAUGAUAAGACGGUGUGUUAGCAACAAUCACAUGCUAUUUUUGAUGACCUUUUAAAUAAAGGUCAAAUAUUUUUGUCCAGACUAUAACUCUUUUGUCUUUUGACAUAGGGAUUUGAUAUACUCUAAGAAGUAUGUCGCUUGCAAUUUUUGAUGACUUGAGACCUUUUAUGUAAAGGUCAAAUAAUAGAAUGUUUUAGGCAUUUUUUUUGGUGUGAACCAUAACUCCUUUGUCUUUUGACAUCGGCAUUUGGUAUGCUGGCAAAUUUAAUUCAAUAUAUGUGUUCACAACACUGUUCCUUAGUUGAAGCACCUUUGCAUAUAGGUGACUGUUGUGUACCAUAACUUUUAAUUUUUCACUUUAAAGAUAAUCCUAAUAAAAAAUGUUAAAAAACUAUUGAAAAUGGAUGGGGAGACAUCAGUUUUAGUUAGAUAAAACAAUUCUUCGUAGUUCAAUUCUAUAAUCAUAAAGAUUAAUUAGUAAUGUUGCAAGACAUUGAUAAAUGACUAAGAAUAUUUGUCAUUCAAUGUAAAUGAAUCACUUCAUUCCAAGAUUGAUACUCUUGUAAACAAACAUGUCGAUGCAGAUGAUACUCUUGUAAACAAACAUGUCGAUGCAGAUGAUACUCUUGUAAACAAGCAUGUCGAUGCAGAUGAUACUCUUGUAAACAAGCAUGUCGAUGCAGAUGAUACUCUUGUAUUGGAUAACAUCUUUAAUGCUAUUGAUACUAAACUGAGUCUAAAUAUAUGCAGAUAAGUUAACACUCUUUCACAUGUAGUUUUCCUAAAACUGUGUAUUGAAAGCAGUUGAUAUCUAGUAUACCCUACAUUCUCAUCUUUUUCAUCAGCAAAAAGUCGGUUUCGGAAACUGCCUUGACAGUAGUGACCUAAUUUGUAGCUGUAUAGGUAAACGAUCGGCUGCAUAUUUCUGGGCAGUUGUAGAAUAGAAAGAAAAGUUCUUGUUUUCUUGGAUGAUGCAGGAUAACUUUGUCAGUCUUGAAUGUUUGAAAUAUAAAAGCAUUUUGAAACCAAGGAGCUUGUUUAUCAGGUGGCAAGUUUGUUAUAAUCUUAUUUAUCUCAUCUACGACUUGUAUAUUUUGUACCCAAUUUAAAUCUCUAGGAUGUGAUCCAUUUCACUCAUUUCAUAUACAUGUAGUUUUUAUACACAUAUAAUGCACAGAGUACAUGUAUGAUGUAUUUUAUUAGAUACUGGAAAAUUUUACUCCAUUACUGUAACAAUACAUUCAUGUAUUACCAGUAUACAUUUUUUGCAUUCUGUUGAAAUAGAACAACUUAAUUUA